UAAAUCGUGCCCCCCACCUCCAAAAUGGAGAAGGGCAAAGGGAGCCCGGCCUCUGCAGCUGGGGGGUCUGCAGGAGGAGGAGGAGGAGGAGGAGGAGGAGGAGGAGCAGGGAAGCUGCUGAUCUACACCAGCCUGGAUGCCAAGGAUGAGUUGGAAGAGAAGCUGGAGAGGUGCAUGGGGACGGUGACCUCUCUGACCGGCGGGCUCUCGGAGAGGGAAGCCAACGACGCCUUGAACGCCCACGUGUGCAAAGGCGCCCCCCAGCAUGAGGAAGUCUGCCUGGGCCUUUUCACCAUGAUCCUGACGGAGCCUGCUCAAGCCCAGAAGGUGACAAGACUUUCGUUCUG